AGAGAAGUGGUUGAGACCCCUCUGCUCCAUCCUGAGCGCUUUGUGAACCUGGGUAUUGAGCCUCCAAAGGGAGUGCUGCUGUUUGGACCCCCUGGUACAGGGAAGACCUUGUGUGCACGAGCUGUGGCUAACCGUACUGAUGCCUGCUUCAUCAGAGUCAUCGGAUCCGAGCUGGUUCAGAAGUAUGUUGGAGAGGGUGCCAGGAUGGUUCGUGAACUGUUUGAGAUGGCAAGGACCAAGAAAGCCUGUCUGAUCUUCUUUGAUGAAAUUGAUGCCAUUGGAGGUGCCCGUUUUGAUGAUGGAGCUGGAGGAGAUAAUGAAGUGCAGAGAACUAUGCUGGAGCUGAUCAACCAGCUGGAUGGAUUCGAUCCCAGAGGAAACAUUAAAGUCCUGAUGGCCACCAACAGACCAGACACCCUGGAUCCCGCUCUGAUGAGACCCGGCCGGCUGGACAGAAAGAUUGAGUUCAGCCUGCCUGACUUGGAAGGACGUACUCACAUCUUCAAGAUCCAUGCCCGCUCUAUGAGUGUGGAAAGAGAUAUCCGCUUUGAACUUCUUGCACGUCUCUGUCCUAACAGCACAGGUGCUGAGAUUCGCAGCGUGUGCACAGAGGCAGGAAUGUUUGCCAUCAGAGCUCGUAGAAAAAUCGCUACAGAGAAAGACUUUCUGGAGGCUGUGAACAAGGUCAUCAAAUCCUACGCUAAAUUCAGCGCCACCCCUCGCUACAUGACUUACAACUAAAUGUUUUUCUCCACUUAAAUGUUUUCUGCCUGAUAAUUCAAGGAUUCCCAUGUGUCUCGUCACUUUUCUUGUGAUAUCAAUGAUUAAAUAAAAACAUUUAUCCUUA